AUGGCACUGGCGGCAACAGAGCGUUUAGAUUCGAUAAAGCCUAGAGAUGUUUGCAUUGUUGGUGUUGCACGUACACCAAUGGGUGGCUUUCUAGGCUCUCUUUCAUCCUUAUCAGCCACCAAGCUUGGAUCUAUAGGAAUUGAAAGUGCUCUUAAAAGGGCAAAUGUUGAUCCAUCACUUGUACAAGAAGUUAUCUUUGGAAAUGUUCUCAGUGCAAAUUUAGGGCAGGCUCCUGCAAGACAAGCAGCAUUAGGUGCAGGAAUACCAAAUACAGUUGUUUGUACUACCGUCAAUAAAGUUUGUGCCUCAGGAAUGAAAGCAACCAUGCUUGCAGCACAGAGUAUCCAGUUGGGAAUCAAUGAUUUUGUUGUCGCUGGUGGCAUGGAAAGCGUGUCUAAUGUCCCUAAAUACCUGGCGGAAGCAAGGAAGGGAUCUCGACUUGGACAUGAUACUCUUGUUGAUGGAAUGUUGAAAGAUGGGUUGUGGGACGUUUAUAAUGAUUAUGGCAUGGGAGUUUGUGCUGAACUCUGUACUGAACAUCAUGGAAUAACGAGAGAGGAUCAGGUAUGUUACCAAUCCGCUUGUUGA